GCUCACAAGUCAGACAGUCGGUGCUUUACAGAGGUGCACUUUUACCUUACUCACCAAAUGUGUUUAUAAAACGCUGACAGCAGCAGUGUCGCUCUUGUCAAGCCCAUUCAACUCGGUGUGUUUUUAACCUUCAGUGCCAGCUUUGGAAACUAAAUGUGUUUUUGUUUUACUUCGGUCGCGUAAAGUUGUUAAAACAGGGACAGCAAGGUGUCCCGAGCGCAGGAGUCCUGGAAGAGAGGAAAAUUUUCUUUGAACCGGUCCUCUGUUGUUGGUUUUGCUGGAGUAUGACUGCUGUCAUGGCCAAUUUCUAGACAUUUUCUCUGACAGAAAGGAGAGAGUAAGCUUAUGCUACCCUUCAUCCUCCUCGCUGGAUAUCUAUGGAGACGGUGUCCUGUAUGCUCUCACGCAGCUCUUGGAGUUACUUGCGGCCGAGACAGCACCGUGAAUGUUGAAUUCACCGACCUGGAUAGCAGAAGACGACACACUUAACCUCAUUUGAAUGCCUUUGCAAGGAGUUUGCUGGUUUCUGUGCUGCAGGCAGGGCUUCAGUUUGCUCGGACGGGACUAUGGGGAGAAAGAGGAGGAAGAGUCUUUUGAAUUGCGCAACAAGGAGGACUUGACUCCCAAUGGACGGAGUCCAGCUGAAGUGACUGUUUCUCAACCAACUCGCACAGCCAAUGGAACAAAUGGGCACACUGUCUCAGAGGUGUCUGAAGAGAUGAAGAGCCUGAUCAUCGAGAAGAAUAAGAUGGGCCUGGAGGAAGAGCCUGAACUGCUGGUCAAAGGGUGGCUGCUGCGGGAGGUGCGAGGCAACUGGAUCAAGCAGCGUCGGUACUGGUUCGUGCUGAGCCAGGACUCCCUUGACUACUACACCGGACCAGAGAAAGGAGCCCGCAGACUGGGCACACUGGUCCUCACCAACCUCUGCUCUGUCAUCUGGCCAGACAAGCAGACAUACAAGGAAACGGGCCACUGGAGCAUCACAGUAUAUGGGCGGAAGCACUGCUACAGGCUGUACACCAAGCACUUCAAUGAGGCUGUCCACUGGGCAUGUGCCAUCCAGAAAAUCAUUGAUACCAAAGCACCAGUGGAAACACCAACACAGCUCCUGAUUCGAGACAUUGAGGAGAAUAAGUUCAACCCUGAGGUAGUGGAGCACAUCUACCAGCACAAUCCCAUCCUCAAGUACACCCAGGGCCCCCUGUAUGCUCCUCUGCUGCCCUUUCCCUAUGGCAGCCUGGAGCACACAUACCACAGCGGAAAAGGCUAUGGCUCGGUGCGCGAGGAGGCUGUGAAGCUCUUCAACUGCCUGCAGCAGCUGGAAUCAGCACGGGAGCCGGUGCCCAUCAUCCAGGGUGUGCUGCAGACCUGCCUGGACCUGCGGCCUCUUCGCGAUGAGGUCUACUGCCAGCUGGUGAAGCAGACCAGCUACACGCCUGCCCCAUACACAGCCGCACACCUCCGCUAUUGGCAGCUUCUGACCUGCAUGAGCUGCACCUUUCUACCUGGGCCCACCGUGCUCAAGUACCUGCGAUUCCACCUCAAAAGGAUCCAGAGCCAGAGUCCUGAGUCUGAGAUGGAUAAUUAUGCGUCAUUCAUCAGCGAGGCUCUGGAGAAGACCAAGUGUCGAGAGUGUGUGCCAUCCUGGGAUGAGAUCCAGAUGCUGAUGAGCCGACAGGAGAUGCUGUGCACUGUGCACUACCCUGGGCCCCUAUCCUGCCAGCUGUACAUCAGCUCACACACUACCGCCAAUGAGGUGGUUCGAAGGAUGCAGGAGAAGCUCAGCCUGCAAGAUAGUAAAAACACAUUUGCACUGUACGAGCAGAAUGCACUGUGGGAGCAGCCGAUCGCAGGCAGCACUCUGAUUGCAGACAUCCUGACGAGCCUUUCCACCAAAGAGGCAGAGUCUAAAUCCCAAUGGAAACUGUGUUUCAAGCUCUACUGCCUGUUGGAUGCUGACAGCAUAUCAGUGGACAGCAUUGAAUAUCUCUUUCUCUUUGAGCAGUGCCAUGAGAUGGUGGUACGUGGCCAGUUGCCAGCCUGUGAAGAGGACCUGCAGGCCUUAGCUUCCCUGAGGCUUCAGUGUCUGAUGGGUGACUUCAGCACACAUGCCCCCUGCCCACCUCUGGACGAGCUUUUCCCAGGUCAUGUGCUAGAAGCACGAGUCCUUAUGUCCCUUUCUGCACCCCAAGCCCUGCCUCCUUGUCAGGUGGCAGCUCAGGGCUGCCCCACCACGCAACGCUUCCCCACGGGCCUCCUGGCAGGGACGUUGUGGAGCCACACAGCUACAGCAGCGCACAAGCAAAAAGUAGAGCAGGACAUGCGCCUUCGGAGUCGGCUGAAGGAGGAGGCAGCGGCUGUCAUGGGAUCCAUUUUGGAGCGUUGGAAAGGUCUGGCCGGCUACAGCCGCAGGGACAGUAUGGCUGCCUACCUCACAAUUGCACGCCAGUGGUCGGGCUUUGGAUGCACUCUUUAUGAAGUGGACUUUUAUAUUAGUUCAACAGGGAGUUUUUCCCAGAAGUUGUGGCUGGGCGUAGCUGCUACCUCCGUGUCUCUGUAUCGGCAGGGAGAGGCAGAGGCCCUGGAGUCCUUCCCUUAUGGCCAGAUCUGUUCUUACGGCGUAUCUGAUAGCAACACUUUCAAGAUCACAGCUGGGGAUCGGGAUCUGCUGUUUGAAACCACCAAGCUGACUGAGAUCAUGCAGCUGAUGAAUGCGUAUUUCAGUGCCAUCCGUCGCCAGCGAGGGAAAGGGGAAGAUGCGGACAUCACUAUAACAGACAGCACAGAGGUGGGAUUCCGUCACCUGGCCUCAACACACACGCCCACCCUCCUGGAGCUGCCCUCGCACCCAGUUUGAGAGGGACCCAUACCUGGACAACCCCCAACCCCCCACCAUCCUCCUCCACGUAUCCCCUAUGAGGCCCAGCCCCAGUCCUCAGGACACCACGCCUCCUCCACUGGGAACGGCACGGCAGCCAAAACAAAGACAGGGCUGUUUUCGCUCCCCAUCCGUGAAAAUAAACCCUCGCUGAGCUUUCCAGCUGAAGGAGCUGGCCGAUGGAGGAGGGAGGGAGAGGGGAGGGGACGAGAAGGCAAGGGGGUUCUGUUUUGCAAGUGAGGCCAGAAACCCACAGAAACCAAUGCGGUUGCUGAUGAGCUGUCACACACCCUCCACCCCAUCCUGUCACGCAACCACCUCUGUUACUCUACAUGGCAACAGCCCUCACCCCCCACCCCACCUCACCCCACCCCACCCCCCUCGACAAUGUGAGACGUUGGCAUGAGCCUUGCUACAUCAGGGAGAGAUAGCAUCACAACAGUUAGGACUUAUGGCAACAAUAAGCUGUGGUACUCCCCUCAUGAAGGUAUGGCUUAGAGUGCAAACACUACUCUGUCUCUUUUCUCUCUCUGUCUCUCUCGGAGUGUGCCAUAUUUGUAUUGCCUUUCCUAGAAGGCAGUCGUCCCUCAUGCACUGCUGGAUUAGUGUUGAGAACAUUCAGUGACACACACGCACACACCCUCCCGUCUUUGGCUCUCUCUCUUUCACGCACACAUACACACUCACUUUACUCUCUCACGUGCCCUUAUGCUGACAUGUUCAUCAGAGACGGUCGGUUUUCAUAAGGUCCCGGUCGGGUUUGCAUUACCUGGAACUGUUGAUGCAGUGAGCCAUGUGAACUUGGAACUGGAAACAGAUGUUGAACUCUGUAGUUAAGUCACUUUGGCUGCCAUUGCCGUAUAGACUCUUACCUAUGGGAUUAUCAGUGUGUGUGUGUGUGUGUGUGUGUGUGUGUGUGUGUGUGUGUGCACGUAUGUGUGUGUGUCUGUCUGUGUGUCUGUUUGAUCAAGAAAUACAUUUCCUGGAUUACACAUUCAGGAUCUGAGUUAACUGUGUCUCACAGAAACCAAAGGAUUUUGGAGCUGUGUCUACGUUGUCUCCACCAAAUGCUCUCAUGUGUCCUUUGUUGUGCUGCUUGUCUUGGCUGUAAUCCUUGACACGAAACUUGGUUAACACUUGACUGAUUUGAUAAUUUUGCUUAUGUCAGUUACUAUCCUAAUGCAGCUCUACUCUGCUGAAAAUAACUGGUGCUUCUCUGUUUAUUAUUGUUAUUUUCACAAUGUAUAUAUGAUGGAAGAAUUAAAAUUAGAGUACACGUAAAACCGUAGUCAGAUAUCUGGAUCUGAAGUGACGCCAUAUUUACCAUGCAGUUCCCCGUCUUUCCCCUACAGCAUUAUAUUGCUGCUGUGCCAGAAAACGAAAAAUGCAUAAGUAUCAUGUUAUAACGUAAAGGUUUAUCAUCAUAACAAGCUAUUUUCACAUUAUUACAACGAUUACAACAGACUCUUUAUUCCUCCUGCACACCCCAAUGCAUAUUAAAAUCCUUCUCAGUGUACGCACACUUAUCACAAUAUCAUGCAGAAUGUCACCAUGUCUCAACCCAACAAAUCAAGUCAUGCAAAUGAGCUGUAUCCCUCAGUUUAUCCUUCUCCGCAAACUGUUUUCUCAUUCAAACGUGAGUUUCAUGUUAUAACAAUAUGUUAUCACAUUAUAACAUAAAAUUUUAAAUGUUUUUACAGUAUAAGUGAUCACAUUAUGAUGUGAAUAAACAGUAUACUGUUUAUCUUUAAAUUUUGUUAUAACCAAGCCCCCAGAAACCGCACAGGCUUUGAAACCAGUUUUCCUAGUGGCCAAACCCUGGAACUACAAUUUCCUGGUCCGUCACGUGAUGUCAUUGGGCCUUUACACUUUUUCCCACGAACCAACAUUAGGGAAGGGACGUCUGUAAAUCAGUGGAUACAUUUUUUUGAGCAUCACAACACCUGCAAAGUGACUUCAUUAUUGGGAUUAUCUGUUCUAUCUGACAACAUUUCCUAAGUCUAGAAGAGCCACACGAUUAAAUCAUUUUAUCCCCAUUCAAGUUAGCGGAGGGCUAAACUGGAAGUUAGCAGCUCAGCUGACAGAAGUCUCUAGUGUGCUUGCUCUGUUGGCCCAACAAACAGAAGAUCUAGUUAAUGUUAUACCCGGGAAGUCAAACCUUUUUGGCUUCAUGCAUCACUGAGCAACUUUUAUAGGAAUGAACGGGGCUCCGCCUCCAAGGCUGUAUCCAGUUCUCUUUAUACAUCCACAGUUGUAACAUGAUAAGUUUGUAUGUCAUAAUAAUGUGAAAAUAUCUUAUAAUAUGAAAAUACUGUUAUAACAUUAAAAACAUAUUAUUAUAAUGAUCAACUUUUGACGUUAUAAGGUGAUACUCAUCUUUUUCUGUUUCUGGUGUGGCAGCAAUACGCAUCUGUAGUUCCCUGCUAUUUAAACAGAAAUCUUUUUAAUCAGGCCAUGGAUGCUUUUGUAGUUAUUUAUGCAAACUUUGCUUUUUUUGUUUUGUUUUGUUACUGUUCUUUAUGUCUUAAAUGCAGACCCAGAUGUGUUUUGAUAUAAGGUUAACCAAAAGCCAUAAAAGCUUUUGGUUCAGCUCCUUAAAGCAGUUCAGAUGUGUAAAUCCUGUGUAGCCCUGUCUUUGUGUUCACUGAGUAUUCUUGUGAAGCCAAAGUUUUGCCAAGUCAUGGGUUUGACCAAUGGACCAAAGAUGUUUUUUAAAUAAGCUUUUAUAACAAGAAAUUAUCCCAAAGCAGACAGAUCCCCCAAUUUUUAUUUGACUGUUUUCACAUUUACUCGUUUUUCGUUAAACUUGAAUGUCAGACAAGUAUGAAGACAUCCUGUUGUUUAUACACUUUAUUUUAAUGUAGUAGAUGAGACUUUAGAUAGGCUUUGUAAAUAUAAUUUUAGAGUACUGUCUUCUUCACAACUCCAUGUGAUAACCAGCCUCAAGACUUAAAUCUCACCAUGAAAGGCCUUGACGAGUCAUUGCACAGUCAGCCCCGUCUCCUGCUCAGAAGCAGGUCUUUGCUUUUUCUACUGCAGCUGCAGGCAGCUCCGAGCUACAAGUAUGAAAAGAAAAUAAAUCACACUGCGGAUGUUGUUGCUUUGUAUUAAGCUUGUUUGUACGCUGCAUGGUACCUUUUUAUGUAAUGUGUGUAUAGUUAAUUGCACUAUUGUUUGUUUUUAACUAACUUGGAAGUGCAAUAAAAACUAUAAAUACUGUAUGUAAUUAAUAAAAAACAGCACCAUUUUACCAUAACGUCUUUGGUAAUGUUCAGCCAUUCAGUCAUUUCCUUUGUUUCGUUUUCAGAAAAUGUGCUUUCUUGUGCCUCGACUAGUGAAGCAGAGUAAGACUAUUGUUUUCAUUUUAUAAAAGGCUGAAGUUUGGCGCCAGCAGCAGAGCUGAGAGC